UCACGAUUCAUGUUUCUCUCUCCACCUCGCGAUGCACUUGUAACAUAUCCAUACACUGCACAGCGACCAGCAUGUUAACGAGUGACGAGAUUCUAGAGCAGGCGGCGCGUGACGGGUCCAUCGACAUAUCCGAAUGGCCGCGAGUGCUGGAGAAUGUGCUGCUGAAAUUACACAACAUUGUACACAACGACUUUCCGAUACCCAAGGCGCCACCGCUACCUUCUCCACCCGUCCUACUGCCGGUAGCGCCAGUCAUCCUUCCCUCCAACGAUGAUUCAACAGGCGCGACAAAGUCACCCGAACCCAGUGCUCCUACUGUAGAGCCUUCAGAUCCGCCGGCCAGCACCGACAAGGAGAAUGCAGCUCCACGCCCACCGGUUCCCUCAUUCGCCGCUGUCCCUCAACUUCGCCAACAGUCACCUUCCUCUCCACUACCGCCCGACCUCUACACACUUUACCACUACUCCAGGAGCACACUCGAGACCAACUUCCCAAAGCACCCACCUUAUACAAUCCAGCGCCUGGCCGAGCUAGUCCUCUAUCCAAAGAGAUACUACCGCUACCUGCCGCCCUUCCUCGCCGCCCUCGAUCGCGUCGUCUCCGUCACGAGUGCUGUACAUGAGUUCCCCCUAGCUCAUAUCAGCAUCGACUCAGCAAGCGGCUUCCUCGCGAAUGGCGAACCCAGCGAGAACCACCCCGAGCGCGAAGGACUGGGUAGCGACGAGAGCCUAGGCGGCGCAUUACUCACACCUAUCCCCUGGCUGAAGCGCGAAAAUGGACAUCACGACUUUCGCAGCGAAAGCUCGCAAACCAUAGAAGGUCCCAAUGGCACUGGCGUGAUCGAGACUGUUUCUGUAUCUUCCAACGUUGGACCUGCCUCGCCUCAGGACGAAGAUACCAUGAGCCAUGAGCAGCACCUACGCGCUGAAGGUGGAGUUACACAAGGCGAACUUCUACGUCAAGAGCAGGAAGCCGGUAUCGUGCCAGUAGGUCAAGAAGUCCCUCGUCGCUCCUUGAUGGCCAGUGGCUCUUUGAGCGCUGUUGGCAGAGGCGAGAGCACAUUAGCCGCCGAAGAAGACGACGGAGACAAGCCAGAGGAACACACUCAUGCGCGCGGACCCGAGGAGAUUGGCGCCGAAGAUAUGGGACCUCAGGACACUGCAAUCGGCCUCACACGACCGCUGAAUAUGGAAGCCGCAGCAGGAAGAGCAAAGUCUCCGGAAGUAACACGCGAUGACAAAGACAUCGAGGGAAACACUGCCAUGGAGGAACCCACCGAGGAGAAAAAAGAAGAAUCCAAAACUGAAGAAGAGAAGAAGGAAGAUACGACCAAGCAGGCUGAUGAAGAAAUGCCAGAUGCCUAGACGGCGAACGGUUGUUCCCCUCUUUCCGACAAUACACUCGAAGCAGGUGACCAGACGUGCUUCGAGGAUGCACAGGAGCAUAGCGAACCAGCUACAGCAAGGUUUGAAGCUGUGGAAGACAUGGAAGUCGAGAUGUUUUCGCCUUAAAACUCGAAACUAUCGUUUCUCUCAUUCUUUCUCUGUAUACACAGUCAUUCAUCCAAUCUCGCAUGUCUACCAAAUCCUGCAGUGGUCAGAUACUCUAUGAGCUGAUCGCGACACGAAAUGCUUUUUUUUUUGGAACAGUUACGUUUCAAGGCGCAGAUAUGAAACAGCCAGGGUGAUACCCUCAACCACCAUCUAUGGACAAUAAUAUGUGUCUACUGCUCAACCAUGGGACUCUAACUCUUGAUUAUAUGAUGAAGUUGAUUGUUUGUGUAUUUCCAAGGACCCAAUAAGAUAUCAGUGUGCUC